AUGUUCUUAACACGAGCACGCCUUGCGGCCGUGCACCAGCCUCUCAUCAAAUUCAUCGGACGUCGCCAGUGGCCUUCAACACCGGAGAUCCCUCAUUUCCAUCCCGCUGCACCCGUUGACUUACGGGACAAGUCUGCUAUCAUAUCCAAAGCAGUUUCUCAGUUGACAUCGUCACCCUCACCAUCUUCAUCGUCGUCUAAGUCAUCUGGCUCUGGCAAGCAGGUGUAUUCCGAAUUCUGGGAAGCCCCGGAACGCUUUUGGAAACCGCGGGUUCGAUACGUACCAGACUUUGAGAUAGAUGCUAUUCUGAGUGGUGGUGCUUCAUUAAGGAAGUAA